AUGUACGGGGAGUCUCAACUGUGCGCGGCCACGGUGGUGUUGUACUGCAGCUGCAUUCUGCUUCCGCUGCGCCAAUUGAAGCAGAGGGUGGUGAGGCUCCUGUUCGGUUCCGAUUGCUGGUACGGAAACGGGCCAUUGGUGAUCGACAGCUGGGUGGCGGCCUGCAGCAGGAUCAAUGUGAGGCGGCUGCUGGCGGCGGAGGCUGCACCUUAUGAGGAGGCGGAGGCGGAAGAGGCAAUUAGCUGCUCCAUCUGCUUGGGAGAGCUGAGGAAGGGAAGGGCGUGGCAGCUGAGAAGGUGCAAUCACGCUUUUCAUGUCAAGUGCAUAGAGAGAUGGGUGGAGCGGGCACACUACACUUGCCCCCUUUGCCGCACACCCAUCUUUGCCUCCCUCACCUGA